AUGCUGGUGAGAGCCAACUUCAGUCAGGCCGUUCAUGAGGAUGGAGACAGAGAACCGGUAGACCCGGCCGAGGACCGGGAGACCGUCAACCUGGAGGCCAUCUCCCUCCGGAGGGACAAGACCUCCCUGCAGACACAGCUGGAGGGCUGCAGCAAGAUGUGCAACGAAGACUUUGUCCAAUCACUAGGUGGCGUCUCUAAAGCCUUCCUGGAGAAGAUCGACACCCUCCUGCCCAAUGUCACCACCUGGACCAGAUCCGCAACAACUGCACCAGUCUGUCCCACGAGGUGGAGACCAAGUUCCAGCACUACCUGGACAAUGUGGGCUCCCAGGUGUCGAAUAUCCAGGGCUGCAGCCCCUGGCUGCAAGCAGAGAAAGACCGGCUGGCCGAGGACUCGCGCCGGUGCAGCCACAACCGCAGUGCCAUGGCCCUGGAGCACUGCAAGAAGCUACAGAAGACCCCGGAGAAAUACGACGAGAGAUGGAGAGGCUGCUGA